CUCUCCGUCAAAGUUCCCACAUGAGCAGAUUCGUCAAUUGAAUUGAGGAAAUUGUAAGACCAGAUACACUUACAACCUGUCAAUUGCGAUGAUGACGAUGAUGCAUCUUUUUACAUGUUUCUUAUUUGUGUUGAUGUUUGGUACAAGUGAACAAUGUGAAGCUUCAUUUACAGCGACAUUACCCGGCGGUUAUAAUACAAAUAAUCUUAAACCAUGUGUCCAAUACAACCAGGUCCUUUGUCCGGAUGAUGGUUACAAUAGCACUACAGGUGUUUUUACUGCAGAAAUAAAUGGUACUUACAUUGUGUCUGUAACCAUGAUGACAGGUCUUGUUGCGGGUCACACUAAUCUUAUGAAGAAUGAUGGAACUUAUGUGUGGCUAUAUACUGGUAACCAAUGGGAUAUGGCAACCCAAGUUGUCUGCAUGGAUCUAGUAGAGGGAGAUCGGAUUUGGGUAAUAAUGGCAAACACGGCAUCAUACACUCUCUUUGAUGUCUACAACGUUUUCAGUGCAGGUCUUGUAUCUUCAGAUUGAUUCAGAUGUAACAUUAAAUUGUUAAAGAUGUUGCAUUAUGGCAAAAAAAUUAAAAUAAACGGUGUAUGCUUUUUAAUAAAGUUUACCAUUU